AUGCCACAGCCAAUCCCAGACAUCAUUAAUGAAAACGUGCUGAUUAUGGAUGAGCUCAGUUACAACCGGGAGGAGUUAAAAGCUGAUCAUGAUCGUGACUUUCUAAAACUCACUGAUGAGCAAAGGAAAAUCUAUGAUGAGAUUACCGAUGUUGUUUUUACUAAGAAAGGAGGUGUGUUUUUUGUUUAUGGGUUUGGUGGAACUGGAAAAACCUUCUUGUGGAAGCUGCUUUCUGCUGCUAUCAGAUCGAGGGGUGAAAUUUUUCUGAAUGUGGCAUCAAGUGGAAUAGCUUCUCUAUUGCUACCAGGAGGAAGAACAGCACAUUCUAGAUUCGGGAUUCCUAUAAACCCAUAUGAGUUUUUUUAUUGCAAUCUGGUACCAGGAACUGAUCAGGCGGAUUUGGUGAAAGCAGCCUCUCUUAUCAUCUGGGACGAAGCUCCAAUGAUGAGUAAGCACUGUUUUGAGUCUUUGGAUAGAAGCAUGGCAGAUAUAAUUGGAAACAAAGAUAACAGACCAUUUGGCGGGAAAAUAGUUGUCUUGGGUGGAGAUUUCAGACAAGUACUGCCAGUUAUUCAUGGAGCUGGAAGGCCGAAAAUAGUUCUGGAGUCACUUAAUUCUUCUUAUCUCUGGAAGCAUGUUAAAGUUUUAGAGCUAACAAAGAACAUGAGGCUGAUGUCAAAUGAUCUCACACCUGAAGAUGCAAAAGAAUUACAGCAGUUUUCGCAGUGGAUUUUAGAUGUUGGAGAUGGAAAAAUUGGUGAUGGAAACGAUGGUGAAGCUCUAAUCACUAUUCCAGAUGAGUUUUUUAUUCUUGAUGGUGAUGAUCCAAUAGAUUCUAUAAGCAAAGCAGUAUAUGGGGAUGAUGUUUCUUUACUGCAGAAUAGAGAACCUAAGUUUUUUCAAGAAAGAGAAAUACUUUGUCCAACUAAUGAAGAUGUGAACAUGAUUAAUCAGCAUAUGUUGGACAAGCUGCCAGGUUCGUUUGUGGAUACGUUUUUGUUUAGAUUACCGACUUCUCAAUUAACGAUUUGUUUGUUAUAA